UGGUGCCAGAUCAUCAAUGUGUCUGAAUCACACUCACCUUUCCUCACCUCUAUGGAUGGGACUGUCAGUGAAAUGAACUGGAGUAUUUCCAUGUCUGCUGGAAGCAAAUAUCGCCUCUACAUUGGCUUGGCUUUGGCAAUAGGUUCCAGUAUCUUUAUCGGUUCUAGUUUCAUACUGAAGAAGAAAGGACUCUUGAAGCUGGCAGACAGAGGAGUCACCCGAGCUGGACAAGGUGGAUAUUCUUACUUGAAGGAAUGGCUUUGGUGGGCCGGACUGUUAUUAAUGGGAUUAGGAGAAGCUGCAAACUUUGCUGCCUAUGCCUUUGCACCUGCAACCUUAGUUACCCCCUUGGGUGCACUGAGUGUUCUCAUAAGUGCUAUAUUGUCAUCCUAUUUUUUAAAUGAGAAGCUGAAUAUUCAUGGAAAGCUGGGCUGUGUACUGUGCAUUUUGGGGUCAACGGUCAUGGUUAUUCAUGCCCCAGAGGAGGAGGAAGUCACCUCACUAGAUGAGAUGGAAAGAAAGCUGCAAGAUCCAGUGUUCAUUACAUUUGCUGUUCUCCUAACAGUUGUUGCCCUUGUCCUGAUUUUUAUCAUGGCUCCAAGGAAAGGUCAGACAAAUAUACUGAUCUACAUUUUAAUUUGCUCACUCAUUGGUGCCUUCUCUGUCUCAUCUGUGAAAGGCCUGGGCAUUGCCAUUAAGGAAAUGCUGGAGCAGAAGCCAGUUUAUCAGCACCCUUUGGUUUACAUUUUGGUGGGCACCUUGGUGCUCGCAGUCAGCACUCAGAUCAACUAUCUCAACAAAGCAUUGGACGUGUUCAAUACAUCUCUAGUGACACCCAUUUAUUAUGUGUGUUUCACUACAACAGUUGUGACAUGCUCCAUCAUCUUGUUCAAGGAGUGGAGUAGUAUGCAAGUGGGUGAUAUAAUUGGAACCCUGAGUGGGUUCUGCAGUAUCAUUGUUGGCAUUUUUCUACUGCAUGCUUUCAAAAAUACUAACAUCACCUGGAGCCAGCUGAUGUCCACUGUUGCCAAACAACCACACAGUGAAUAUGAAACCAGUCACACUUUACUGGAGAGCAUGGAAGACCCAGCUUUGGCAUAUGAUGACAACAUUUUAUUCAGUCAGUGA